CUCCACACGACAUCGAAUUGCUACUCACCUCCUUACUACGAAAUAUUCUUCACCGGUUACAACAAGAUAACACGCGCUGACAACCUCCACUACCCCGCCAGUCACCAUCACGGCGAGUGCCCAUUGACAGAACGUCAGGAGGACAUCUCAGUCUGGCUGUGGCGACGAGUCACGCGCCACCUCCUCCUGACUGCCAGCGAUACCCGAGACACAUUCGGUGAUAUGCGAGUCGGCAACUUCUGUAACGGAAUCCAGCCUCGGCUGGCGCACCGCCAGCUAGGAGGAGGUGAAGGAGGUGGUGGUGGUGGCCACCAGUAGCAGAGAUGGGCUCCAUUUUCCGCAGCGAGGAGAUGUGCUUGGCCCAGCUGUUCCUGCAGGACGGCACCGCCUACAGCUGCAUGAGCGAGCUGGGAGAGAUGGGUCUGGUGGAGUUCAGAGAUUUGAACGCACAAGUGAGCGCCUUUCAGCGGAAGCACGUGACGGACAUCAGGAGGUGCGAGGACAUGGAGAAAAUUCUCAAUUACAUCGAGAAGGAGAUCACGAAGGCCGGCGUCGCGCUGCCUCUGACGAGCGGGAAUCCUCGCGCUCCUCUGGCCCGUGACUUGCUGCAGAUACAGACGGAGUCGGAGAAGCUCGAGGGGGACCUGCGCGAGGUGAGCCGCAACCAGGACACGCUGCGGCACAACCGCCUCGAGCUGGAGGAGUACUCGCACGUGCUGCGCAUCUCCGAGGCUUUCCGGGACCAGUCCGAGGAGCAAAUUAUCGAGCAGACAUCCAGCGAGUACGAGGAAUUUCCGUCGGUGGAAAAGGAGCCGCUGGUGAACUCUGGGCUUGUGCAGCGCCUGGGAGCCCGACUAAGCUUCAUUGCGGGCGUGGUGCACCCCGGCAAGGUGGCGGCGUUGGAGCGGAUGCUGUGGAGGGCCUGCCGUGGCUACAUGGUGUUCCACCAGAUGCAGAUCCCGGAGCCUCUGGAGGACCCCGACUCGGGCGAGAAUGUGAACUGGUGCGUCAUCCUGGUGUCGUACUGGGGUGAGCAGAUCGGCAAUAAGGUCCGGAUGAUCUGCGAAUGCUACCACUGCCACCUCUACCCGUACCCAGACACGCAGAAGGAGAGGCGAGACUUGCUCAUGGGGCUCUUCACGCGCAUCGAGGACAUAAAAGUGGUGCUGCUGCGCACAGACGAUUACCUGCGCCAGAUGCUGCUCAAGGCGGUGGACAACAUCAGCACCUGGCAGCUCCAGGUGCGCAAGACAAAGGCGAUCUACCACGCGCUCAACCUGUGCCGCUACGACGUCACGAACCGCUGCCUCAUCGCGGAGGUGUGGUGUCCCACGGCGGACCUGGGCAGCCUGCAGGACGUGCUGCGACAAGUCUCCAUCCAGGGCGGCGCGUCGCUGCCAUCAUUCCUGACGCGCAUUCCCACGCGCGAGUCUCCGCCCACGCUGUUGCGCACCAACAAGCUGACGGGCGGCUUCCAGGGCAUCGUGGACGCUUACGGGGUCGGCAGCUACCGCGAGGUCAACCCAGCGCCGUACACCAUCAUCACCUUCCCGUUCCUGUUCGCCGUCAUGUUCGGAGAUUUUGGCCACGGGAUUCUCAUGCUGCUCUUUGCGCUGGCCAUGGUCAUCAUGGAGAAGCGUCUGGCACCCAAGGCCGCUGAGAGCGAGAUCUUCGGCAUAUUCUUCCAGGGUCGCUACAUCGUGCUGCUGAUGGGGCUCUUCUCCAUCUACACGGGGCUCAUCUACAACGACUGCUUCUCCAAGUCGAUCGACCUCUUCUCCUCGUCCUGGAACGUGACGGCCAUGUACUCAUCCGGGCCCUGGACAACGGAGGUCGUGAGGGCGAACAAGCUGCUGAGUCUGGACCCCAAGGUGGAGGGGGUAUUUAGUGGACCCUACCCCUUCGGCAUUGACCCCAUCUGGAACCUGGCCGCCAAUCGCCUCACGUUCCUCAACUCCUACAAGAUGAAGAUGUCCAUCAUUCUGGGCAUGGUGCACAUGACCUUUGGAGUCAUCCUGAGUGUCUUCAACCACCGGUUUUUCCGUCGCCCUCUGGAUAUCUGGCUCGUGUUCAUGCCGGAGAUGGUGUUCAUGCUCUUCCUCUUCGGAUACCUCGUGCUGAUGGUGCUCUACAAGUGGUGCGCGUGGGGUGUGGACGACGCGCAGACCGCUCCCAGCAUCCUCAUCAUCUUCAUCAACAUGUUCCUCUUCCGCCCCUCGUCCCGGGAAAAGGGCGGCCCGGGCCUGCUCUUUGCGGGACAGGAGGGGCUGCAAUACUUCCUGAUGGUGGUGGCCUUGCUGAUGGUUCCUCUGCUGCUGCUGGGGAAGCCCUACGUGCUCUACCGCAAGCACAUGGUGCAGGCUCACCACGGCGCCAACUCGCGUCGAGACGGGAGCUCGCAGCGCAUACGCAGGUACCAAGAGGAGGAGUACAUUCCGCUCAUCAACGAGACGGAUGAUGUGACCGUUUCCAUGUUGAUGCCGGAGGAGGACACCGAACCCGGUGCGGACGCCGGCGCCGACACCGGCGCCGAGAAGUUUGACACCGGCGACACGUUCAUGCACCAGGCGAUCCACACCAUCGAGUACUGCCUGGGCUGCAUCUCCAACACGGCCUCCUACCUGCGCCUGUGGGCCCUGAGCCUCGCCCACGCAGAGCUGUCGGAGGUGCUGUGGAACAUGGUGAUGCGCACCGGACUGAAGCUGCCCAGCUCGGCAGGCGGGCCCCUGCUGGUGCCGGUGUUUGGGUUUUUCGGUUCCCUCACCGUGGUGAUCCUGCUAUUCAUGGAGGGUCUCUCCGCGUUCCUGCACGCCCUGCGCCUCCACUGGGUGGAGUUCCAGAACAAGUUCUACUCUGGCAUGGGGUACAAGUUCGCUCCUUUCUCCUUCGCAACGAUACUGCUGAGAAGCAGACACGCGUGAUGACUCGUCGCUCACUCUGGCAUCGUCAUAGCACCACCCGUUAAACGGGCACCUUCCCUUUUUCACAAAUUCAAAUAUCGCAACAUUUUUAGCGUUGCUUACCCGAGGUCGUUAAUUGUCGAGUGUCGUUGAUUGACGCUUCCAUUCGUUGACCGCCGUAUUUAUGAUCGUUCAGACGUGCAAAGUGAAAGGGCUCCGGCGCAGUGCUGCGGAGAGCGCCCCUUGCGCUGUUUUUGCAGUUAAGUCGAUGGUGGAUGUUGAAAAACGUAGCCCAAAAAUAUUCUUUGUGCCAAAAGUAAUUUUUUUCGGGAAUGGGAUAAUAACAAACUAGGCAGGCAUGAAUAAAAAUAUAUAUUAAAUACGUGUAAACUAUAGUGUCUUGAGUUUUAGAAUAACGAAAUAUAUAUGCAUACAGGUGAUUUGUUUUUAACAAGAUUAUUUAAUUUCCUUUUAUUUUUGGAAGUGCAUUUUCUUGGCUUCCUGAAGCUGUGAAGACGAGGUGCGAGGCGUACCGUUCAGACAUUGAAUCUUGCUCUAUUGACAAAGAAAAUUUGCAAUGUCCACAUGAAGAUCGUUACACGGAAUGUAUACGUAAUACCACGUUUGCAUGCACACAUUGCACACAAGUGGCAUGUGGCAAGCGCUGCUCAGGUGUUCAGCCACUUCUGCAUUGUGCUUAAUACACGCCUGGCAUACAAGGUAAAGGUGCAGCCCUGCACUAUAACGUUCAUGCCACUGCUAGCGGAAGGACCUGUAGAGCCCCUCUAGGAGGUAUCCAGACAUCUUGAAAGAGGUGGGGGUAGCCAUGCUAACCCCACCAAUCGCGACGUGACGAUGGGCCACCUGGCGUGAUUUAACUCGAUGGAAACAUUUAUUGUAAUGGAGGUGUGCUCCAUUCUGAACACUUGAACUUGCCACGUUUUCUCUUCUGUAUUGCAUUGUAUCGAUAAACACCGAGUGUUUGUCUUUUGCCAGGGCAUGAAGAAUACACGGUCCAUGGGGACCCUUACAAAAAUAUGGGGAUUCUGUAGAACGGGCUACAUAUGAAUUUGCUUUUGUUUGCAUGUGUAGAGUAUCUUAAGAUUCUCUGCUGAGGCCGUGACACCAAUUGCAUCAGCCUUGCUAACAGAAAUCCAUAUUGUUUUUAGCAAUACAAGUGAAUGUACCCUGAAGAGUAUGCGGUGACUGACCCGUGUUGGGUCGGCGUGGUAAACUUGUUCGCUCAUUCCUUGGUGUUCACAAAUUGUCGACUUGCCUUAUGACGUUUUGUAAAAAGACCCCCCGAGUACCGAGACCGAUCUCCAAAAACCCGUUGUGGAUUUUUGGAAGCUUGUGACCAGUUGCAUGAAACAGAAUAAUGACUUGCAGGGUUUUCUGCAGAACAACAAAAUGGACUCUACGAAUACUAACUUCAUACCCGUCUUGUUUUCGUAAACUUUGGAAGGGCCAAAAUCAAGACUUGGGAAAUUUACAUCAAAUUAACUGAAAACUAAAGUUUUAAAAUGUCACCUGUCCGAUGCACUCUCGCGUCGUAUCGCGUGUCGUGCGCUGCGACGUCCGACGUUUCGCUCCACGUGCUGAGAGCUCCCUCAGAAGCACACAUCGGCAUGACUAUGCGCAGUCGACGCACUCUGCUACGUUGUGUGAUGGACAUUGCAGCAAGUUUUUGAAGCCACACGCGACUUUUGGAAGGGUUGCCGAGCGGUGGUGAGACCCUGUUUCCAUUGACGUAAAUUAAAUAAUCUUACAGGAAAUGUUCCCUUUGAUAAUGAGGUUGGUGGGUAGGGGGGAGAUCAUAAUUUGUAUUAUCCAAACGGUUACUAUUGCACUUGCAUUCAUGGGACCUGACCACAUAACCCACAUCUCUGGGUCUUGCUUUAACGUCGGAGGUGAGACCGACUUCACGGAAUGGUUUGAUUUCGUGUCGUCCGUUGAAGCGAAUUAAUAAAUGCUAUUCCAUUUACCGGCUUCGGUAAUGA